AUGAGGCUGAGGACAAGUGAGAAGCAGAAGGUGAGUUUCAGAAAAGGGCUUUGGUCACCUGAAGAAGAUCAGAAGCUGAAGGAUUACAUACUGCAGUAUGGCCAUGGAUGCUGGAGCUCCAUUCCUGCAAAAGCUGGAUUGCAAAGGAAUGGGAAGAGUUGUAGGCUGAGAUGGAUAAAUUAUCUGAGGCCAGGGCUUAAAAGAGGGAUUUUUACAUCAGAGGAGGAGGAGAUCAUACUGAGCCUGCAUGCCAAGUUGGGCAACAAGUGGUCUCGAAUCGCAGCUCAUCUGCCAGGACGAACCGAUAACGAGAUAAAGAACUACUGGAACUCAUAUCUCAAGAAAAAAAUAAUGCAAUUAAACCCUAACGAUCCCAUAACUACAUCAAAAGAGCGAAACAACUCCGUCGACCAGAGCUUCAAGUCAGAUAAUUUUGUAUCAGAAUACUCCAACAAUCAAAUUUCCACAUCUUCUUGCAGCACCACAGUUGAUUAUGGAAGCUUCAAAAGCUCUUUCCCCAAGGUUUUGUUUGAGGAAUGGCUAAGCCCUCAAGAUGUGGGAAGAGAUGAAUUUGAUGGCAAUGCCUUGUUUGAGGAGAUGCAAUCAUUGGAUAUGUUGGGCGAGAUGAUGGGUGAUAUUGAUAUGUGUUAUGAUUCUAUUUUUUGAGUCGUGAUG